AUGAGCUUGACAACUAGCGAUCCACAAGAAAUUCACCCGCGGGAAGAUGAAUUUUUUAAAGUUGCUCUCGGAAUUGUUAAAUCGGCUGGUCAGUUAGUCCGAACAGCCUUUGAGAAACCAACAAUGAAGGUAGAACAAAAGUCUUCCCACACGGACCUUGUUACUGAGACGGAUAAAGCCGUUGAAAGGCAUUUGAUUGAUGGUCUUUCGCAAGCUUUUCCUGAUCACAAGUUUAUUGGUGAAGAGUCUGUUGCCGGGGGUCAAAAAAUAGAGUACACAGAUGCUCCGACUUGGAUUAUUGAUCCCAUUGAUGGGACGACAAAUUUUGUGCACAAGAUUCCCUUGGUGGCUAUUUGUGUUGGUCUGGCUAUUAAAAAGCAGAUGAGGGCAGGUAUCGUGUAUAAUCCUAUUACUAAAGAAUUAUUUUCUGCCCAAACUGGUCGAGGGGCAUUCUUAAAUGGCUUUCCAAUCCAUGUUUCAUCAACGAAAGCUUUAAAUCGAUCGUUGAUUGCAAUGUCUCAUGGCAUUCAUAAUAUAACAAGUUUUGGGCCAUCCUGGUUGGAUAUCGUAUUAGAGAAUCAUCGGCGCAUUUGUCUUGCAGGAAUACUCGGACACCGCUCCUUUGGCUCAGCGGCUUUGAAUAUGACAAGUGUUGCUAGUGGGAUUGUUGAUGCAUAUGUUGAAUUUGGCGUGCACGCCUGGGAUGUUGCUGCAGCAAGCGUUAUUCUAAAAGAAGCUGGUGGCUUCAUUAUCGACCCUACUGGCGCUCCUUUCAACAUUAUGAAGCGAUGUGUUUUAUGUGCAUCUACAGAAGAACUUGGUCAGGAAUUUCGCUCGAAACUGAAAAGUAUUGAAUACGACGCUGAAGGGUGA